UAUUCAGGAAAUCGUACACUCUAAUAUUUAGUUUGCAAACAGUAAGAGAAAAGCAGUGAGACACUGUUUUAGAUAAAUAUUUUGAAGUUGACAACCACUUUAUACUUGUAAACAUACCGUAGAGUAUAUGUGUACAAAGGAUGCGGUAUGGGGAUUUCUGCAUCAUCUCCAGCAAGGCGCUAUAAAACGUUGAUUGGAGACCUAGAAGAGGACAUAUCAAGUGUUGAACACAAGAUGUACAGCCUUAGCCAGUAUGUUCUUGACCAGAACAGUGAUAUGCUUGGAAAACACAGACCAGAACUUGAUAUGUGCAUCAUAGACACUUGGUCUGCAAAAAAUGUUCAUGAAGAAGACAACGGAUCCAAGAAAAAUGAUAGAGCUGAUGAGAAAUUUAUAUUGUUUCAAUUAAUGAUCUCAGAGAAACCAUAUUUUUGCUCACAAACAUUCACUCAAUGGAAUACAAUUUAUAAGUUUGACCAGUGGUGGACUCCAUGUUGUAAGAAGGGAACAAAGAUUUACAUACAGCCUGUAGAAAGCUUUCCACAGUUUUUGACUGAUUUUGAAAUAGAUUUGAAGCAUUUGGGAGGCUCUCAUGACUUUUUUGCAUUAUUGAAGAGACUUCUGGAAGCUUAUUUUGAUGGAAUGACAAUAGAUAUAUUACCAAAUGUGAACUUUCACGAUUCUAAAUGGAAAAUUAAGGCAAGGUUUCAUCAUAAGACCAACAGUAAGCAAUAUCAUGUGACAGAUUUCUUUCCAAAAUUAAGAAGUGUGAAACCAGCAGAUGGCUACUGUAUUCUUGGUCUUUCAUGGACAGAUCUCUAUCCAACUGAAAAACUGAACUUUGUGCUUGGAGAGGCUCAUUUUGCAUUUAAGUCAGCUAUCUUCUGCUUUGGAAGGUGUGAGCCUAAAAUAUAUGACCCAGAGACAUUUAAAGACAUUGAUGAAAUGGAUGCCAAACUGCUGUGGAGAAUCAUCAAGGUCGUUAGCCAUGAGACGUGCCACCUGUUUGGACUGAUGCACUGCUGGUAUUUCCGUUGUAACAUGAAUGAGAGCUGCAGCAUGGCAGAGGCUGCCUCCCAGCCCCUCUUCCUAUGCCCUGUGUGUCUCCGCAAGCUCCAGCAUGCAUGUGGCUUCGACCUCAUCAACAGAUACCGCAGAAUUCUGGUCAUUCUUCAGGACAUUGUCAGUGUGUUUCCAUCACAAGAGAUUGAACAAUCAAUCCAAUGGCUAGAAAAGUGCCUUAAGUUCUUGUUAACAGACAAACUGUGAUAUAAGUUUCUGAAAUAGCUCAAUGAUGUCAAUUUAUAUCUUUUGUCAUUUUUGUGUCGCCUAAAAAAGCAACAUAGAUAUUAACCAGUAUUUAUCAUCCAAUCAUGGUCAAACAUGGUGACAGUGUUGUGUGUGUAAUGAAUCAGUCAAGAGUGAUCGUGGGAUAAAUAGCCACAGUAACUCCAGAGUUAUGCCCCUUUUGCAUUAAAAUACAUGUAGCAGGUUUAUAUCUUGUGGAGGUCAUAAUUGAUUAUCCAAACUUGUUGACAAUGUAUGUUGGCAUAAUGUCCAGGCCAAGUUUGAUCAUAAGAUGAAUUGCCCCAAGUGGGUGGGGAAUGCCAAACAAACUGUUUAUUAGUUGUGGCCUAAUCAGUUCUUAAUUUUCAAAACAGUUUACAAUAAUGGGCCUCCUGAACAGGCGACACAUUCAAUGUCGCUGAAUUCUAGUUAGUAGAAGGGCAUUAUUGGCUUAUUCUUUAUUAUACCCCCACAAACUAAGUUUGAGGGGGUAUAUAGGAGUGAGCUUGUCGUUCUGUCGAUCUGUCUGUCGGUUUUCAUGGUUUCCGGACGAUAACUCAUGAAAGGCUAGACAGAUUUGAAAAAUGUUUGGUACACAGGUGUAACAUCAGAAGAUACAGGUCAAGUUCCAUAUUGGGGCUGGUGGGGCCAAGGUCAAGGUCACUGUUACUAAAAAUAGAAAAACGGUUUCCGGACGAUAACUCAUGAAAGGCUUAACAGAUUUGAAAAUUUUUUGGUACACAGGUGUAACAUCAAACGAUACAGGUCAAGUUCGAUAUUGGGGCUGGUGGGGCCAAGGUCAAGGUCACUGUUACUAAAAAAAGAAAAAGGUUUCCGGAUGAUAACUCGUGAAAGGCUAGUUUUAGUGUUAUUUAGAAUCUCAAUGGUUAAUACCAAAAUUUUUAUGUUAGUUUCGUAAAUUCUGAUUUUUCUGAAAGAAUGAAUUCAUCAUCAACAAUGUUUACAUAAUUUGAACAGUUAUAAAAUGGUCUUGCUUUAUAACUUAGAUGCUAGGCAGGUUAAUUAAAUUAUCUUCACAAGCAGAAGUUGAAAAAUGAACACAAAAUGCAGAAGUGCUCUUAAUACGUUACAUUUUGUAAGUAAGGUGGAUCCAGGGAAAUUCCUCCAGUGCCCGUCAUUAAAAGCUAGUUACAUUAAUGUUACCGAAAUUAUUUUGUUUGAACAAACUUAUCAUUUUUGUAGCAUAUCCUAGGGAAAAUAAAUGAAAUGUCUUUAACUUAACAUGUACUUAUUAUUUACCUAGUUUGUUUUUUUGAAGAAGGAAAUUAAGGUAUUGUUAUGGUUGUUGUCAUGACUGUGGAAUUUAACAAACUCAUGAAACUUGGUACAUAAUUGUUACCAUUCAGGAAAUCAGGAAAUGUACAUAUUAACAUGUACUCUUAUUAUUUGACUGUUAAUAUAGAGGUACAUGAUUGUAUGCAUGACAGAUGUCAGACCAAUAAAGACAUUCUUAUGG